AUGGCUACUUCACGAAUCCCAGAUGACUUCCUUCGAGGACCGUCUCAAGGCGCCACAGUCCACUGUAUCGACUUCACCAAAGCUAGCAGAACAACACCCGCCAUACCAGCAUUCAAGGACCAUUUUGCUGCGGUUAUCGACAAUUUCAUGACCGAGACCGAAUGCACCGAGCUUCUAAAUAUUGCAGAGAACUCUACAAUUGCCGACCAAACAAACGCCCCAGUCUGGGAACAUGCGAUGAUCAACAUAGGCGGAGGCAAACAAGCCAUGUCCGUGGACAGCCGCAAGAGUGGACGCAUCAUUCUCGAUUCGCCGGAUAUCGCGCAGCGAAUUCUCGACCGUCUACGACCGUUUAUGCGUGAUUUCAACCUCGAUAAGAUAAAGAAUCAACCCCUUAUUACGGGACUUGGUCCUGCGAGGCGCGGAGAGACAUUUCAUUUGUCUACUUUGAAUGAGCGGCUUCGCUUCCUGCGCUAUGAAGGCGGAGACUAUUUCCGACCGCAUUGGGAUGGGUGCUAUGUUACUCCUGAUGGGAAGGAGAAAUCGCUUCUUACUAUUCAGCUGUACCUGAAUGGGGAUGGUGAGCAGGAUUUGAACAAGCUGUUACCAGAGAUUGAGCGUGCUGAGAAGAGGAAUGCCCUAUUUGUGCAGGAUGGGGAGGUGGAUUUGUGCGUUGCGGGCGAACAGUCUGAUUCUCCAGCGGAUCUGCUAAGCCAGAAGCUACUUGGCGGGGCAACUUCCUUCACCGAUGAUUAUCGGGCGCAAAAGGUCGUGCGCGUGUUUCCUAAGACGGGAUCAUUGUUGAUUUUCCAACAGCGGAAUCUGAUGCAUAGUGGUGAUGAUGUGUUUCGAGGUGUCAAAUACACUGUUCGGUCUGAUGUCAUGUAUACUAGCGAUUCUCACAAUUGA